AUGGCAGCGCCCGAAGCAGCGGCUGCUGCUGUGCUCUGCGUGAGCUGCAGACAGAAGCCUGAAGAAGCUUCGAAGGGCCGCCAAGAAGGCAACAAGUUUGAGUGCCAGUCAUGCCUUGCUGUUCGCAUGCUGGUUUACCGGAACUUGGGUGCCGGGGCCCUGGAGGAGUUCAGUCCGGAGCAGAAGCAAGACUUCUUUGCUCGCUCCAAGGACGGAGCCCAGGGCGGUCGCUACAAGUGGCCCUGUGUGCGCGCGGUGCUUGUCAGCAAGCACAUAGAAAGAACUUUGACCUCCAACGAGGACAAGGUGACCACCGCCUCCAAGCCGCAGUCGGUCUGGGAGAAAGAGGGCUACUCGGCCGAGACCUUGAAAAACUGCCCCAGGUGGACCUGCCCAGUGUUGGGCGAAGUCGUCAAGGUUCCGCUCCACGAGAACGUCCUGCGAGAAAUCCAGGAGACCGUGCACGAGAAGAUCAUGGAGAAGGAGCGCGCGCUGCGAGACGCUAAAGUCGGCAAGGCAAAGGCCAAGGCAGCUGCUGCGGGUUUCGGUGCCGAGCCGGAAGCUGCGGAGGCCGAACCCGACCUGGACGUGCCAGUGCUUGAGAAAACGGCAGCAGGUGCUGCCAAGCCCAAGCAGGCUGCCAAGCCGAAGGAGCCUUCGGCCAGGGCCACAGCUGCUGCCGAAAAGAAAGCCAAGAAGGAGGCCGCUGCUACGCACACCCUCGCGGCCAAGGUCGUGGGGCCUUUGACGGCAGCGCUCUCGACGCUGCAGUCCCUCAACAAGCAGCUGGCAAAGGAGGGUCUCGCGGACGCACAGAAGGACCUUGACGACGCCGGCGGCGAGUUCCAGACCUGGAAGAAGGCAGCCACUUCCGCGCUCCAGCUUGCAGAAGCCGGUGUUGUUCCGGUGCCUCCGCUUCCCUUUAGCAGCAAGGACUUCGCGGACCACCUGAAGAGUUUUAACACUCUGGUGAAGGAGGCUCGCACUACCCUUAAGACCCGGAAGAGGGAAACUAAGGACGCUCGGGACGCGGCAGCUGCCGAGGCAGAAGCACACGAGAAGGCUCCGGGGGACAAGCCUCCCGCGAAGCGUAGACGAGUGAAGGGCACCUGA